GGAGUGAGUUUCCGAUCCAACGGCAGAGAGCUUGUUCUCCACGCUUCUUCAUGUUUACUCUUGACACUUGGACCGCGUUCACUGCAAAGGGGGCAAGAAGAAACUAACAGAGUAGAGGACCGUGAAGGUGCCAUUGGAUCUCAUGGCAGAAUACCUUAUGAUCCGACAGACCGGCGAUAACCUCGCAGAGGACGGAAUGACGGGACAACAGUUGGUAAACGGAGGAGAUGGACUCGCAUACAAUGACUUCCUCAUUCUGCCAGGCUACAUUGACUUCACUGCGGAUCAAGUGGACCUGACCUCGGCGCUCACCAAACAAAUCACAAUGAAAACUCCCUUUGUCUCCUCCCCCAUGGACACAGUCACUGAGGCCAGCAUGGCAAUCGCUAUGGCAUUAACAGGUGGUAUCGGCUUCAUCCACCACAACUGCACUCCAGAGUUCCAGGCCAAUGAAGUCCGUAAAGUCAAGAAGUAUGAGCAGGGCUUCAUCACAGACCCGGUGGUGAUGAGCCCUCAUCACCUCGUACAGGACGUCUUUCAGGCCAAGGCCCGCCAUGGCUUCUGUGGUAUUCCCAUCACGGACAACGGCAAAAUGGGGAGCAAGUUGGUUGGCAUCAUCUCUUCCCGAGACAUCGAUUUCCUCAAGGCGGAGGAACACAACCUACCUCUUAGUGCGGUGAUGACAAAGCGAGAGGAUCUCGUAAUUGCUCCUGCUGGUGUCACGCUGAAAGAAGCCAAUGAAAUCCUCCAAAAGAGUAAGAAAGGCAAACUCCCCAUUGUUAAUGAAGAUGGCUGCCUGGUGUCCAUCAUUGCCCGAACUGACCUGAAGAAGAAUAGAGACUUCCCUCUGGCCUCCAAAGAUUGCCGCAAACAGUUGCUAUGCGGUGCUGCCAUCGGCACGCACAAUGAUGACAAAUACCGUCUCGACCUGCUGGUGCACAGUGGGGUGGAUGUGAUUGUAGUGGAUUCUUCUCAGGGUAAUUCAAUAUUCCAGAUCGACAUGAUCAAAUAUAUCAAAGAGAAGUACCCAAACCUUCAGGUCAUUGGUGGUAAUGUGGUGACUACUGCUCAAGCUAAAAACUUGAUCGAAGCAGGAGUAGAUGGACUGAGAGUCGGAAUGGGUAGUGGGUCCAUUUGCAUCACACAGGAAGUACUGGCGUGCGGCAGACCUCAAGCCACAGCAGUCUAUAAGGUAUCAGAGUACGCCAGACACUUCGGUGUGCCCGUAAUCGCUGACGGCGGCAUCCAGACCGUCGGACACAUCGCCAAAGCCCUUGCACUCGGCGCAUCCACAGUGAUGAUGGGCUCUCUGCUCGCUGCAACCAGCGAAGCUCCUGGUGAAUAUUUCUUCUCAGAUGGCAUCAGACUAAAGAAGUACCGCGGUAUGGGGUCUCUGGAUGCCAUGGAUAAAAACCUGGGGUCCCAGACGAGAUACUUCAGUGAAAGUGACAAGAUCAAAGUUGCUCAAGGCGUCUCAGGAGCUGUGCAGGACAAAGGCUCUAUCCACAAGUUUGUUCCCUACCUGCUGGCUGGCAUUCAACACGCCUGUCAGGACAUCGGCACCAAAAGUGUCACUCAGCUCAGAGCCAUGAUGUACAGUGGAGACCUGAGAUUUGAAAAAAGAACCGCAUCGGCUCAAAUGGAGGGCGGCGUCCACGGUCUGCACAGUUAUGAGAAGCGUCUGUUUUGAAGAACCUUCCAUGCAAUGGUGCCAGAAUCUUUCCAGGUCGUCUUGUCAUAUUAUCCUAUUAAUGUCAUCAUACAUAUACACACAUGACCUCAGAGCAUUUCUUCUAUUCAUCAAGUCUUCCAGUUAUUUAGCGUUUUCUAUGCAUCUCUGAAUAAUGUGUGAAGGUCAACUCAGCCUUAUCAGUCACUGCACCUGUGACUGUCCUCUAAUGCCUUCCAUGUUGUUGUUAAGUAUCCACUAUAAAGUUGUUCAUUUUCAAAGAAUAAAUUUUUU